UAGGACCAAAGACCAUAAAUCAUCAUUUGUAGUGUGAUGUAUGUUUUUCAAAAGCUGUCAGCAGCAAGGGCUGAAAUGGCAUUGAGAAGAAUAGGAAGAAAAAACUAAAGCUCCCGCUUAAAAAAAAAAAACGUAUUAAAAAGUGACUACAAAGUGGUUGUUUGGAUAGAUUUCUUCUGUUUUUCCAAAGUACUGUUUUAAAUCUGCACUGUUUUCCCAACGAUGCUUUAAAGUCUUAAGUACUUUUGUAAACCUGAUGUGUUUUCUUUCUAUACAAUAAAAUUUGUAAAAUGCAUUCUAUUGUAGUGAUGUUUUGAUUUAAUUUGUUUUCAGCUGAGGUCUGGGUAGUUAGGGGUGCUUUUACCAGCACUGUAUCCAACACCUUCACAAUGAGCCUGGAACAAUCCACAGCACUCUUGCAAGCAGAAAAUGAGCAACUAAGGCUGGAAAAUGCUCAUUUUAGAAGCGCUCUCUUGGAAUACGAUGAGAUGAGGUCCAGGAUGCAGAGAGACCAGGGCCAACAGACUGGUUUUACAGGCAUGGACUCUAGAGGCCUGCAGCAUAACAACAUUGAAGAGCAACAAUUUGGGAGAGACCUGCAGCAGGACGGAUGCAAACUGCAGCACAGAACAUCGUCUCCGGUUAACUUCAAGUCUUUCCUCCAAAGUGCAGCGCUGAAAGACGCUGAAGAAGCUGGAGAGCUUCACAAGACACAAGCUGAUGUUCCUCCUUGCGCCAUCGGUUCAACAAGGCUGCUUGGUGAAAUUGCCUAUCAGCUGGAUAGGAGGAUUCUGUCCUAUGUUUUCCAGGCUCAUCAGAGACUCUAUGGUUUCACACUCCGCAAUAUACCAGAGAAGAUCAUUGAGGUGAGCACACACCCUCUGACGGGGAAGAUGGAUGGGGCCUAUCAGCUCCACCUCACUCAAAGGUACAAAGACAUUAUGGAGAUGCUCAGCCAGUUUGGCUACAAAGCAGCUCUCCACCCUCCUUUCUGUGAGUUUGUCGUCAAUACAUAUGGGAUCCUGAUGGAAAGGCCGAGUAGAAGCAGCACCCAAGAGGCUGACUACAAUAAUCCAGAAUUUUUGAAGAAGCUGAUAGAGAACACGGCUCCAAAGAAACUGCAGAAGGACCUGCUGCUGGUGCUCUCUUGUCUCUGCUUCAUCGCAGAGAAGGACAAGGAGCCUCUCCUUGCAUGGUAGUCAUCACUGCAACCUAGGAGAAUUCAAACCUUCCUGAAAUAAAUAAUGAGGCAUGAAGAUUAUUGUUUCAGUGUUUUCAGUUUGCAGAAAAAAAGAUGUAUGUGCUGCUAGAUGAGCUGUUGGAGGCAUUGGUCAGACUUGGGGUGUGCAACUUUAACAAGAUUGAAUUUUGAUGCAAUUAUGUCUCAAAGUUUCUCAGGGUAUGUAUAUAUGAACUUGAAAAAUCUAAAUGCAGAAGUUUGGCCCAGUGCUAUUGUUCCAUCAAGCUCUGUAGAUGGAUAUAAAACAUCACUUUUCAGGUCUUAAAUUCUUAAUUGAAAUUCAGGUCCAGUCCAUUCUAACAUUAUUUAUUUAUUUGCGUUGCCUUGCACAAGUUAAGUUUAUCUCCUGUAUAUAACUGUUAAUUUCUCUUUUUUAUAAGAAUGAAAAGUGGAGAUUCCUACUUGAAAAUGUAAACAAAUGUUUUUGCUCAAUAAAGUUUGGAUCAAAAAAGGAAAGGAGAGGAAUUAAAUGGGCAGAUAUGAACUGC